AUUGGCUUUUAGAUAUAUUUUCUGCGGUGAGUCUCCGUCGCGUGUUGAGAUGACGCGUGCGUUGAAAUCUUUUACGGGAAGAUUUUGUUUGAGGAAUUACGAUGCUUGUUUUUGUGAAAUGUCUUCUGAUUUUCCAUUCGGUAAGAUCAAAGCGGUCGUCGAGUACAUUGAAGUUGCCGCGCACUCGAUACACGAUUAUUUGUUAUUUAGUUAUGAUUUGUCGGUAAAAUACAAAGUAGCAAUAUCUGUUUGUUUUCCUUGACUCGUGUUCUCGACGACGUUGGCGUCGGUAUUGCGCCCUGACACCUCCUCUCCAUGUACAUCAUACACUACUCUGUCAUCACUAUUUCAGUGUUAUUAAAUAUAAGUAGCUUGUUAAGGUGCAAAAUGUCAGCGGCCGACUUAGAACCCUCGAGCGGUUUUAAUAUAAGAUAACAUCAAAUUAAUAGUUUAUCUAUUAAUGUAGGAAUAUGGACGUAUUUAUCAUAAAGACAAUCUCCGGCACUUAAUUGCCGUAUUAACGGUUAUAAGAACCGACCAUAGAAAAGAAAAACGGUGAACAGACGGCCGGAUUUUGUGCGGCAGCGGCACGAAAGCGGCGCGUGUGGGACACGAUCGUUGCGCGUAACGUCGCCGUCCAUCUCGUCCUAGCGUAGGUUUACCUGUAUGUAUGACAUAAAUGCGCUAAGAGCGUCAUGUCUGCCACAUAAUUUAAAGAACACUAAUAAUAUGGUCAGCUCUCUGUUUGUGCGGGGGUUACCACAAUUAAAACACACGGUGGGACAUCGGUGAGGGGGCGUGGGGGCGCUUUCUAAUUAGUGAAAGAGUGACGUCUGCUUGGGCACAGACAAUAUUUUUUUGUAACAUUACACAAUGAUGUUGUUAAACAUACAAAUGAAAUCCAUAAUACUACAAAUCUGAAAAUUAAAAAACUGUAUAGAAUCGGCGAUAACAUGUUGUGUCGACAGUUUCGACCUCCGAGCUCCGAGUUUGUCACGUAUUGUGUGACACUUGACUUAAAUAAUGAAUUUCUAAGGGAUUAAGAAGCCAUUCAGCUCGUUGACUUAAGCCGUAAAUGCUAAUUGGCUUCAAUUUGUCCUAAUUCUGAUCUGUUCCGUUUGGCGCGAUACAUUCUGUUGAGUUAAUUUAAAAAUAUUUUUGUAUCAAGUCAAAUAGCGUAUUUAACUAACGCCGCUUCAAACAGUACAAACGAAGUAACGUGACCUGUGUAUCGACGCCGCCGGCUGCUCCGUUGGCCAGACAUUGCCAGCACACGUCAUACGUCGACAAGUUGACAAUGUCUGUGCAACAGACAUCUUGAUACAUUCAAAUGUUAUAAUAUACCCAGGUAAGUUGUUAGUGCGGCGGCUCCGGUGCGGGUGCUCUGCUGCUUAACCGUAAGACCGUAAUUGGAAUGUGUGUCAAGUUUCCCCGCGCGCCCCGCUCGUCCCGCGCCCGCCCCGCCGCGUCGUGUCACGGUCACACGACACACUAUUCAUUAGCAGCUCCGAGUGAGACAUCUUGCGACGACCUACCAUCCCCCACCCCCCGCACACUCAUUAACAUCACCUCGACAAUGCACUUUCAAUAACCUACAACCGCUCACGCGACACUAGCGGUUCGACGUGAUAAUAAUAAGGGCUACAAUUGCAUAUAAUUGUGUAUUGAAUAAAUUACACACUUGUUCAUUUCGCAAGCGAAUUCGUCACGCGCGAGUCGGUGCAGGAAUGCGCGGGUGUUAGCUAAUCGCCUUCGAGUACAUAUUACACUUGUGUUGUGUAGUGUACAACACGGCCGUGAGCUCUCGCUAUGUACGACAUGAGGCGUCGCCGCCCGUACCGCCCGUACCGCGCCACGCCAUGGUCAACAUUUUAUUGACAGAGCUAAUUCACGUCUCACACAAAGCGCUGAGCUGCAGUUAUCUUUAGUGUUUCUAGCAAAUAAUGGACAUAAAGAUAAAGCAAUUAAAGUGAACGAUAACGCGUUGGCCCUGUGUCCGCCACACAACACACAACACGCGAGCAAACACAAUAGCCGGCAACGCCGCACAGAUAUUUAGUGACUGCAACCGAGAGCAACCGAGUAUCAGUGCCACGGGGAUGUGUGGCCACUUUGCGUGAGGGCUCGAAGGAUGGCGAUGCGCGGGGGCGGGGGCGGGGGCGGGGCCGGUGGCGGGGGCGGGGGCAUGGGGGACACUCAACGUGCGCUCGAGCAGUUCGAACAGCUGGCGGGACUCCGAGUGUACGUGCUGGAGCACCUAGCCACGUUCACGGUGACGCGCGAGACCGGCAUUGUGUACCCGGCGGACGGCAUGCGUCGGCUGCUGCAGCUUGAGAAGACCAACGGAAUAUGGAGUCAAAAAAUGCAACUGUGCCUGGAGGACCAGUGGGUGCUGGUCAUGGACUAUGAGACUGGGAGCAUAAUGGAGCGCUUCCCGGCGUCGCAUGUGCACUCGCCAACGGCGUUCACGUCGCCUGAGCCGGGCGAGCUGUACAACAACGUGCUGGCCUUCGUGGCGGGCGCACCAGACGCGCCGGACGCGCGCCGCGAGCUGCACAUCUUUCAGUGCCACGACGUGCCCGCGCACGCUCUCGUCGAGGAGCUCAACGCGCUCAAGGGCGUGGGCGGCGCUGCGGGGGAGUCCGGACGGGACUUCAUCAUCGAGCGGGAGCGAGAGAGGGAGAGAGAAAACGAGAUGGAGCGCCCGCGCCGACAGCAAAUGGCGGCGCAGCUGGGGCGCGAACGCGGCGAGCGCGCGGGCUCGGGCGGUGAACGCGAUGACGCGUCGUCAACGGGUUCGGAGCGGCUGUACGAGCAGGACAUUGCAAUACUCAAUCGGUGCUUCGACGAUAUCGAGAAGUUCAUAGCGCGGCUACAGCACGCGGCUGCGGCGUCGCGUGAGCUGGAGCGGAGGCGGCGCGGCGGGCGGGGCGCGCGGCGCGCUGGCGACGGAAUGUUGGCGCUUCGCACACGUCCGCCGCCCGAGCGGGACUUCGUCGACGUGCUGCAGAAGUUCAAGCUGUCGUUCAAUCUACUAGCGCGGCUGCGCGCACACAUCCACGACCCGAACGCACCGGAGUUGGUACACUUUCUUUUCACGCCGCUGGCGCUAAUCGUGGACGCGGCGCAGGACGCGGCAGAUGGUCGGCUGGCGGCGCGCGUCGUGCAGCCGCUGCUGACGCGCGACGCGCUGAACUUGCUCGCCAACUGUGUCACCAGCAAGGAGACCGAACUCUGGCACUCGCUGGGCGACGCAUGGCUCGUGCCGAGAGAACAAUGGAAGACCGCGAUCCCUCCAUACCAGCCGGUGUUCAUGGACGGCUGGUCCCCGGACUACCAGGUGGACGACCAGCCAUUGCGCAGGGCGUCGCCGCGACGCGAAUCAUCGCGCGGGGAGCUGCGGGAGGAGGUGCGGGGUGAGGCGCGGGGCGAGAGCGCGGCGCGGGGCGAAGGGGCAGAGGGGUAUGGGUACGAACGCGACGAGCCAGACCUCUACUCCGAGCAGUACGGCUCCUACCCGAGGAACACGCGGUCGCGUGCGCGCGAGGACUCCGGCUCGGCGGCGUCGUCGCCCGAUCGUAGCGCUCCCGACCGCGGCGUACCCUACCGCGGCCCAGACAGGGACGAUGACGAUCUGGGCGAGGCGUGGGCGCGGGGCGUGGCGGCGCGCGGCGGACGCGUAGUGCGCGUCACCUACCCUCGUACCGCCAACAACGACAAGGAGCUGUCCGUGGUGCGCGGCGAGUACCUGGAGGUGCUGGACGACUCGCGCAAGUGGUGGCGCGCGCGCAACCGGCGCGGCGUGUCGGCGCACGUGCCGCACACAAUCGUGGCGCCCGCCUUCUCCCCGCCCGGCUCCCCGCAGCCCGCGCGCAGCCCCCCGCACCUCUACCCCAACCCCAUAUACACCAUGUACCAGGAGGGAGGCGGGCGCGGGUCAGGCGGCAGCAGCCCGACGGGCGCGCCGGAGAGCCCCGCCCCGCCCCCGCCGCCGCCACUGCCGCCGGCGCCCGCGCAGCCGCCGCCGCCGCCGCCGCAGCCGCCCGCACCCCCCGCACCCCCCUCCGUCAACAAAACUGACACCAUCAAAUCGAGCCGGUCGACGGGCAGCGAGCUGGCGGACGAGCUGAAGGUGGUGCUGCCGCAGAUCCAGCAGCGCCGCCUCGACUUCAAGAAGACGCCCGACAUCUUCAUUCACCAGAAAUCGAACCCGGACGAGGUGGUGGCGUGGCUGGAGGCGAAGGGGUUCAGCGCGGCGGCGCAGCGCCAGCUCCGUGUUCCCGGCCACCAGCUGUUCGCGCUGAGCCGCGCGCAGCUGGAGCGCGCGCUCGGCCACGACGAGGGCAAGCGUCUCUACAGCCAGGUGCUCGUGCAGAGGAACGUCUCCGGGUACAAGACGACGUCGGCCUCCGAGUUGCAGAGCAUCCUGCGCAAGGUGCGCGAGAAGGUGGAGGUCACCUGAGCGGGAGGACGAUGUUGGGAGAACAUAUUAUUAUUAUUAUUUAUUUGUUUUUACUAGGUAAAUGAAAGUAAUAAAGUGAUUUGUAUUCA